AUGAAGCUGACUUGUUACAGGUUAACCGUAGAGGCCCGGCGAGGAGUGCGGAGCGCCGUUGCCUUAAAUGGAGCGGAGCAGAAACAACAGGAGCGGAGCAGGAAACAGAGGGAGCAGGGAGCAGGAGAAAUACAGACAGGACAGGAGCAGGAACCAAACAGGAGCAGGAGCAGAAUACAGACAGGAACAGAGCAGGAACAAAACAGAGCGGGAGCAGGAACAACAACGGGAGCGGACAAGCGAGCAGGAACACAAACAGGAGCGGAGCAGGACACAAACAGGAGCGGGAGCAGGAACACAAACAGGAGCAGGGAAGCAGGAACACAAACAGGAGCGGGAGCAGGAAACACAAACAGGAGCGGAGCAGGAAUCAGGAACACAAACAGGAGCAGGAGCAGGCAGACAGAACAGGAGGAACACAAACAGGAGCAGAGGAAUACAGAGCAGGAACACAGAGCGGGAGCAGGAACACAAACAGACGGCGCAGGCAGGAGCGGAACACAAACAGGAGCGGAGCAGGAACACAACAGGAGCGGAGGCAGGAACACAAACAGGAGCGGGAGCAGAACAGGAGCGGAGCAGGAACACAAAAGGAGCGGGGAGCAGGAACACAAACAGGAGCGGGAGCAGGAACACAAACAGGAGCGGAGCAGGAACACAAACAGGAGCGGGAGCAGGAACACAACGGACAGGAGCAACAGGAGCGGGAGCAGGAACACAAACAGGAGCGGGAGCAGGAACGCAACAGGAGCGGGAGCCGGAACACAAAAGAGCAGCCGGGAGCAGGCAAACAGGAGCGGGAGCAGGAACACAAACAGGAGCGGGAGCAGGAACACAACAGGAGCGGGAGCCGAACACAAACAGAGCGGAGCAGGAACACAACAGGAGCGGGAGCAGGAACACAAACAGAGGAGCGGGACACAAACAGGAGCGGGAGCAGGAACAAAACAGGAGGCGGAGCAGGAACAGGAGCGCGCAGGAACAGGGAAAACACGGGAGCAGGAGGAGCGGGAGCAGGAACACAAACAGCGGAGCAGGAAGCAACGGAGCGGGAGCAGAACAAACAGGAGCGGGAGCAGGGCAAACAGGAGCGGGAGCAGGAACACAAACGGAGCGCGGAGCAGGAACACAAACAGGAGCGGAGCAGGAACACAAACAGGAGCGGAGCAGCAGAACACAAACAGGAGCGGAGCAGGAACACAAACAGAGCGGGAGCAGGAACACAAACAGGAGGGGAGCAGGAACACAAACAGGAGCGGGAGCAGGACACAACAGGAGCGGGACGCAACAGAGCGGAGCCGACACAAACAGGAGCGGGAGCAGGAACGCAAACAGGAGCGGGAGCAGGAACACAAACAAGGAGCGGGAGCAGGGAACACAAACAGGAGCGGGAGCAGGAAACACAACAGGAGCGGGAGCAGGAACACAAACAGGAGCGGGAGCAGGAACACAAACGGAGCGGAGCAGGACACAAACAGGAGCGGGAGCAGGAACACAAACAGGAGCGGGAGCAGGAACGCAAACAGGAGCGGAGCAGAGGAAGCAGCAGGAGCGGGAGCAGGAACACAACAGGAGGGGACGAAACAGGAGCGGGAGCCGGAACGCAAACAGGAGCGGAGCAGGAACACAAACAGGAGCGGGCAGGAACGCAAACAGAGCGGACAGGACACAAACAGGAGCGGGCAGGCAGGAGGAAGCAGGACAAACAGGAGCGGAGCAGGAACACAAACAGAGCGGAAGAGCGGGAGCAGGAACGGGAGCGGGAGCAGGAACAACAAACAGGAGCGGGAGCAGGAACACACAAACAGGAGCGGGAGCAGGCAAACAGGAGCAGCAGGAACGCAAACAGGAAGCGGGAGCAGGAACACAAACAGGAGCGGGGAGCGGACGCAAAGGAAGCGGGAGCUAGGACACAAACAGGAGCAGGGAGCAGGGAACAGGCAAACAGAGCGGGAGCAGGAAAAACAAACAGGAGCGGAAGCAGGAACAAACAGGAUCGGGAGCAAGGCAGGAAGCAGGAACACAAACAGGAGCGGGAGCAAAGAACAAACAGGAGCAGGAAUACAAACAGGAGCGGGGAAGCGGAAAAACAGGAGCAGCAAGGAACACAAACAGGAGGCAGGGACACAAACAGGAGCGGAGCAAGGAACACAAACAGGAGCGGAAGCAGGAACACAAACAGGAGCGAAGCAGGAACCCAAACAGAGCAGGUGCGAACUCGUUGGCGAGCGGCGGGGAAGCGCCGUCCGGACGUGA